UAACAGUGUUUUAAUAAAACUUUAUUAUUAGAUUUAAAGAGACAGUUUCAGUUGUAAAAUGAGAAAUGCACAUUUGGAUCUCUCACGAUUUGUCAGCACUUUUUUUUUAAUCUUAUUUAUGUACAUCACAUCAGUAUCUUUGACAUUUUAUAACAAAUGGAUGACUAAGAAGUUUCAUUUUCCAUUGACUGUUAGUAUGAUACAUUUUGUUGUUGUAUUUAUUAUUGCAUCUAUAAUACGCAAAGUGUAUGAAGCUCAUUACAAGCAAAAGCGAGUUGUUUUGGAUUGGAGUACUUAUAUAAAGAAAUGUUUUCCUACAGCUGUUAGUGGAUCAUUAGACAUUGGUUUGUCAAACUGGAGCAUCAUGUUGAGCACUGUUUCUUUGUAUACUAUGGCUAAAUCCAGUACUAUUAUAUUCAUUGUUGGUUUUUCACUUUUGUUCGGUUUAGAAAAGUUGGAUCGAUAUCUUUGUGCUGCUGUCGUUCUUAUUUUCAUUGGGCUGUGUCUUUUUACUUUAGAAGAUCAACAGUUUAGUUUUUAUGGUUUCUGCAUGGGUGUUGCUGCAUCACUUAUGGGUGGUGUUCGUUGGACAACCUCAGAAUUGAUUAUGCAAAAAAAAAGUUUAGGCUUGCAUAACCCAUUUGAUGCUAUCUACCACAUUCAGCCAGUAAUGGCUAUUUCUAUGGUGUUUCUUGCUUUUUCUAUGGAAGGGCCACAACUUGCUACUUCAGAAUUAUUCUUUCGUGCUUCCUCUCUAAAAGUUGCAUUAUCAUCAUUUUUAGUGAUUUUAGUGGGUGCCACUCUCGCAUUUCUUCUUAUUGUGUCAGAAUAUUUAAUUGUUUCUAAUAUGUCCAGUAUAACUCUAUCAAUUGCUUCUAUUUUUAAGCUAUUUUUUAUAAAGGAAAUUUGUGUACUUACUAUUGCUGCUGAGUUUGGUGGCGAUAAGUGGACCAUGUUUAAUUUUAUUGGAUUAGUCAUUUGUAUGUGUGGUAUAAGUCUUCAUAUUGUAUCCAAAUUGUUAAAAGAUCCAGCAUAUUCUGUGGUAAAAAGUGAUGAAAGUGCGAUAGCUUUAACUUCCCUUAUAACAGAAGCUCAAUCUGAAGAUGAGGAAACUUUUAAUUAAAUUUUCGUAUUUAAUUUAUAAACUA